AAAAGAAGAAGAAGAAGACUGAUUGAAAAACUAGAAAAAAACUUGAAAAUGUUCUUUGGAUUUCAUUAAUUUAUUAGAAAUGAGGAACUUUGAUGCAACGAUGAUCUUUUAAAUACAUAUUUGUCGGGCCUGUGUCGAGCUCUAGGAUAAAGUGAUAUUACUCUCUUCCAUCCAGGGUAAAAUAUUAUCAAGAUGCCGUCUACCCACCUUAACCUGCGUGAGGAAGAUGUCGUACGGUUGGCCCUAGAAUUUCUCCACAACCGUGACUUACACAUAACGCAACUCUCGCUAGAGCGUGAAACUGGUGUUAUUAAUGGUAAUUUCGCAGAUGACAUAUUAUUUCUUCGUCAACUCAUCCUUGAUGGACAAUGGGACGACGUCCUGGAGUUUAUUCAACCAUUAAGUGCACUAAAAGCUUUUGAAGCGGAUAAAUUUAAUUAUGCCAUUUUGCGUCACAAAUAUAUAGAGCUAUUAUGCAUAAGAUCCGAAAUAAAAGCGUAUAACAAUGUUGAAAACAUUGUGGACGAAGUCGUAAAAGUACUUAGCGAUUUAGAGAAAUUAGCUCCCUCUAAAGAGGAAUAUUCGAAUUUAUGUUUACUUCUUACAUUGCCGAGUAUUACAGAUCAUGCACAGUUUAAGAAAUGGAAUCCUAGUAACGCUAGAGUUCAAUGUUUCCGCGAGGUAUACCCUCUUGUAGAACAAUUCUUACCAUGUGACAAGAAAUCCAGUAGUAAUAUGUCUAAAUGUGCGAAAAAUGACCGACUGAUGCAGUUGCUCAUAAAAGGUAUUUUAUAUGAGUCGUGUGUUAACUAUUGUCAAGCCAAGGCAACAGGUUCUGAUACACAGUCAAAUGAAGUUAAUUUUUCGAGAUUACUAGACGGAUCAGGAUUUGAUGAAUCGGAUUUAAGUUUACUGUCUUGGUUGCAAUCUAUACCAGCCGAGACGUUUAGUGUUCCGUUUGAACAAAGAAUGUUGAACGUUGACGUAGAAAAAUUAGAACGGCCUUCGUUACACACCUCGUGGACGGAACAUAUGCUUGUAACACCAAUAAAGCCUCGCACAUUCCCUCAUUUGGCUAUGCCGUUUAGAAGGCCACGUUCUGCGGCUGAUGCAAUGACUAGAUCCUUACGUCCACUACCCGAUGGAGCGCCGAGACAUCCCGCCGUCAUGGCUUUGUCAGCAAUAGAUUACGGCCCAUCAACAUCAUGCUUCGCUGGUUUCCACUUAACCGGUAUAAAAGGUAGUAAAGUUAUGAACACAUCGGUCGAUAGACUGUUUGAUAAUAAAAAUAGUGAAAGCAUUUUUAAUGGACUUAGUGAUUCAUUGAAACCUAUUAAUGAGAAAUUGAAGCCUAUCGGAGAGUUCUCUUCGUCAACUAAGACAAACGAGACUAGUAGUGUUGGCGCAUCAAAUGCGACUACGCCGGAACACAGAGGACAGGAUUACUCGGCGUCCACUUCCAUUUCGACAACGGCAGCAUCCACAUCGUCGCUUGCCGAGCGGCCGCCGCCACCGCCGCAAACAGAUACGACGCCUCCCAUUCCCGCUCCCGAUGGAGAUUUCAGAAGAGAACUGCUAAAAGAGUAUCAAAUUCAAAAGCAACGCGAAUGUGAUGAUUACCUACGCAACUUGUAUUCUUCCGAUUUGAGACAACAGAAAACUAUGGAGCAAAUCGGAGAUGCUGCACCAGGAUUAUCGAGUGUUGUCAAAUAUGGCCAGCAGGCGACCAUUGACAAAGUGCGCGAACAGUCACAGUACUUAAGGAGGAGCGAUACGAACGAAAUUUCAGAAAUGGGAGAUGUUAACGUAAGAAUAUUUAUUUAUUUAAUUCUUUAUGCACAAUUAUAAAGGCGGACUUAAUGCUUUAGGCAUUGUCUGCCAGUCAGCCUUUAGAUGAUGUGGAGAUUAAAAUAAACGAUAAAAGCAGGUGCAUAUGUAAUCAUUGAGAG